AAAGGUUAAACGAUAAGGAAGAAGGAAACUCUUUAUUCCAUUCGCCCCGCUGGAAGAAACGCGAUCGCCUCCUCUGGAUAACAAGCAAACAAACCGUGUUUACUGCCAAUGGCAGGGAGUCAGCCAGCCCAGGGCAGCCCAUCUGAGCUGAGGAUGGUGCUGCUUGGGAAGACCGGGACUGGGAAGAGCGCCUCUGGAAACACUAUCCUGGGCAGUAAGGUGUUUGACUCCCAGUCCGCUGCCUGCUCCGUGUCCCAGCAGAGUGUGAAGGGCUCGGUGAAGGUAGCCGGUCGGCGUCUGUCUGUGGUCGACACCCCCGGCUUCGUCGACACAAGGCUGGCUGAAGAGGCUCUCAAGGAGGAGAUGGUGAGAUGCAUCUCCCUGUGCGCCCCGGGACCCCACGCUUUCCUCCUGGUGAUGCCUGUGGGUCGAUACACGAAGCAGGAGGAGGAGACGGUGCAGGAAAUCCAGGAGAUGUUCGGAGAUGAAGUUUGGAAGUACGCGAUCGUUCUUUUCACCCGCGCUGAUGAGCUCGGAGGGGAGACGAUCGAGGAGUUUGUGCAACAGAACCGACACCUCCGGGAGCUGGUUGAGAAGUGUGGGGGCCGCUGCCAUGCCUUCAGCAACGAAAACACGAGCAAUCGCACCCAGGUCCGAGCGCUGCUGGGGAAGAUAGACAGCAUGCUGGAGGCGAGAGGAGGAGGCUGUUACACCAACGAGAUGUACCGGGAGGCUGAGGCGAUACGCAGGGAGGAGGCAGAGAGGAGAGUGAGAGAGACUCAGGGGGAGAUACACAGGGAGGAGGAGAUCCAGCAGAGAGAAGCGGAGGUGAGGCAGAGGGAGAGGACGCUACAAGAGCAGCAGGAAAGGAUGGAGAGAGAGAGGAGGGCGAUGGAGGAGGAGAGAAUGAGACUGGAAAGAGCGAGAGAGGAGCUGGUAAAAAAGGCUGCAGCAGCGAUGAGAGGAGAGGAGGAGAGGAAAGCCAAGGAGAGACAGGAGGAGGAGAUACACAGGCGGGGCGCAGCAUUUCAAAAAAUACGACUAGGGCAUGAGGCUGGAGCAAACGAGGUUGUACAAACACAAACUAACAGCCCAUCGGCAAUCAGGAUCGUGCUGCUUGGGAAAAGUGGAGUUGGGAAGAGUGCCUCAGGAAACACCAUCCUGGGCAGAAAGGAGUUUGAGUCUAACGCCAGCCGCAACUCAAAAACCAAGAAGUGUGUUAAGAGAACAGGACAAGUUGCUGGGAGACGCGUUGCUGUGAUUGACACACCAGGCUUCUAUAAUAUGAUGAUGUCUUUUGAGGAAGUUAAAAGUGAGAUUACAAAAUGCAUUUCUCUGUCCUCCCCGGGACCCCACGCUAUCCUCCUGGUGCUACAGCUCGGCCGAUUCACAGAGGAAGAGAAGAGAACCGUGGAGAUCAUCAAGAUGAUUUUUGGUGAGAGAGCUGCAAACUACAUGAUCAUCCUUUUUACCCACAGGGAUGAUCUGGAGGGAGAGGAGACGAUUGAGCAAUAUGUUAAAGAAGCUGAAGAUGAUCUCGAGCAGCUGCUGUUGGAAUGUGGGUACAGGUAUCAUGCCUUCAACAACAAAGAAAAGAACGAUCGCACUCAGGUCACAAAGCUCAUAGAGAAAAUAGAGGCCAUGGUGACAGCAAACAACAACACCUACUACACCAGUGAGAUGUACAAGCAAGUAAAUGAAAAAAUAGAAGAAAGAGUAAUAGAGAUCAUGAAGAAGAAGAAAGAGCAAAUAGACCUGGAGAUGGAGAAGCUGAAGGAAAAGUACCAGCACAAGCUUCAAGAGAAAAUGAGGCAGAUAGAAGAGGAAAUUCAAGACAAAGAAGAGAGAGAAACGAGAAAGAGAGCAUUACUGUUAGAGUACAAGGAAAGGCAACAGAGAAAGUGCACAUCUUUAUUGACACGUUACAAGCAAAGAGCAAGAGAAGAAGCAGAAAUCUUCUAUUAUUUCAUACAAAAAUAUUCAGCAUUAGGGGAACUCUGUUCUAUACAGUGAGGUCCAGUAGACCAGUAGACCAGUCAGUACUGAACAACAACACAGAACACAACAUACAGAAGACUUUUCAAUAGAAAUGCACGUGCAGGUCAAACAGGUUUAAGGGUAUUUUCUUUUUCUUUAAGCUGGUUGAAGACGCAAGAUUCCUGGAUCAAUUAUCAGAACUAUAAGCUGACAUGUUGGAAAAAACACAAGUAGAGAAAAUCAGUUUAGAAUCAAUAGUGUGUUUCUAUAGAGCAUGUAUUAUGAAUGCAUUGUUACACUGUCUAGUUUUUUAUUAUUUGUGUCUGUUUUUCUAACACUUAUGAUUAUUAAAUGUUUAGUUCUGAUAGUCAAAGGUGUGAUUACAAAUUAUGUUGCUGUUAAAAAAAAUCUAAUAAAAGGCAUGUUUUUAAAGGGAUAGUGACUCUGUAACCACUUUUCUGGCUUUUAUUGUAUGAACAAAUUAUGUUUUAUUGUUGUUGUUGUUUUAUUGUUCAGUGAUUUGAGAUGCACAUGAAAGGCGCUAUAUAAA